ACUCUCAUUUCCCCAAUUAACCAACUCCUCCGCGAAAUCUAGGUUUUCCAUUAGCUGUCGAGCCUCCUUGCGUCGUUCAGAGCUUUGAUCGAGGAGCAGCUAAUCACUCAUGGGUCACUCUAACGUCUGGAACUCUCACCCCAAAACCUACGGCCCUGGCUCUCGCGCCUGCCGUGUGUGUGGAAACCCCCACGCCAUCAUCAGGAAGUAUGGACUCAUGUGCUGCAGACAGUGCUUCCGUAGCAAUGCCAAGGAAAUCGGGUUCAUCAAGUACCGCUGAAGAUUUUAUAUAGGUGAAGUAGGAACGACCUUGUCCAAGUAUGUGCCAUUGGUCUUGUGGUUUUUGAAUUUGAAGGAACUUUUAAUAUCUUGUUUCGUUUUUUUGGUUAAUUUAGUAUGGACCUUAGAUUGAUUUUUCAACUAAGAAUACUUUGUUGUUUCUCAAUUAAGUAAUCGUACUAUUUUAUACAUUAAUUAUCUAUUGUUAGUUUGCUAUUA